UCAGUUACCAGCAUAACCAGAAUAAACAUGUACGCUAAGUUGAUCGUCGCUCUUUGCGCCCUAGGCGUUGCCCACGGCAGUGGCCUCUUGGCGGCCGCUCCAGUAGCGUACAGCAGCCACGCUAUCGCGGCUCCCGCUAUUGUCACUAAGACCAUCAGCCCCGCUGUCUCUUCAGUGUCUUCCUACUCGACCCACACAGCGCACACUGCACCUAUCGCCACCUAUGCCGCCGCUCCUGCCAUCGCUACAUCCUACGCUGCUGCACCAGCCAUCGCUACAUCUUACGCUGCCGCACCAGCCAUCGCUACAUCCUACGCCGCUCCCGUAGUGACUAAGACCAUCUCGCCAGCCACUACCUCCUACUCUUCUUACUCGACCCAAACCGCUCACGGCUCUCCUGUCGCGACCUACGCCGCUCCCGCCGUCGCUGUACACUCCGCCCCCGCUGUGGCCGUAGCUGCCGCCCCCGCUGUGUCUUCUUACUCUUCCUACUCCACCCAGACCGCUCAUGGAGCUAGAGCGUACGCCGCUCCCGCGUAUGCCUCAUACGCCGCUGGACCCGCGUACGCCUCAUACGCCGCUGGACCCGCGUACGCCUCAUACGCCGCAGCUCCCGCAUAUGCCUCAUACGCCGCCGCCCCAGCCAUCACCUCAUACGCCGCACCUGCGUACUCUUCUUACAAAACCUAUGCUGCCCCCGCCAUCUCCGCGUACGCUGCACCUGCCUACUCCACCUAUGCUGCGGCUGCUCCCGUCCUCAGAUCAGCUGUGUCGUACUCUGCUGCACCCGCCGUGUCUCACAUUGCCUACAAAGCUCACGGUGCCAACUAUGCCUGGUAAACUGAAUCAAUUCUUGUACCUGUAAAUAUGUAAUUAACGAAUAAAAUGACUUGCUAAUAAGA